AGAGUCCGCGAUCUAUAUGCAAAGAUUUUGCAUAGACUGACAUAAGACGCUCUCUGCCAUGUCUGAGCCUGACGUGUUUCUGAACGCUGACUGUCAAAAGUCCACGAACGUAAAGGAUGAUCGAGUAAGAACCAGAGAGGUAUGGUCCAGGAAGAGAGAGUACAUUCUGUCACUCCUUGGGUACUCAGUUGGCCUUGGCUCACUUUGGAGAUUUCCCUAUCUUUGUAACAGAAAUGGUGGUGGUGCGUUUCUUAUUCCCUACUUUGCUGGGAUUUUCACGUGUGCUGUUCCACUCUUCUUCCUCGAGGUUUCCAUUGGCCAGUUCUCAAGCAGGAGUGCAUCACAUGUUUGGGCCAUUUGUCCUUUGUUAAAAGGAAUUGGUAUCUCCCAGGUUGCAGCUUCUUUUAUUGGAUCCCUGCCAUAUAAUGUCAUCAUUGCCUGGUCCAUAUACUACUUAUACCGGUCUUUCUGGUCAGUGUUGCCAUGGACAACGUGUGACAACUGGUGGAACACGCCCCUCUGCGUCACUAAGCUUAGCAACAGUUCAUCAAUCACUGAUGCCUACCUAAAUAACAGCACGGAGGAUCAUCAGCUGCUCAACUCUGCAUGGCGGAAGCCAAAUGUAACGUUGACGGCUUCAGAGGAGUUUUGGCAGUACAACACACUGAGAGUGUCAAGCGGUAUUGACAAUUUCGGAACAGUUCAGGUUCAUCUCCUCCUCUGCAUCCUUGUCUCUUGGGUCGUUGUGUUCCUUUGUCUGAUGAACGGUGUAAAGUCUGUUGGAAAGGUUGUGUACGUGACUGCCCUGCUUCCCUACGUUCUCCUGGCGGUGCUCCUGGUCAGAUCGUGCAUGAUGCCGGGGGCUGGGGAGGGUAUACUGUAUUUCCUACGUCCAGACUUCUCUCGCCUGGGCAAUGUGCAGGUUUGGCUCGAGGCUUUGCUACAAGGGUUUUAUUCUAUGAGUACAACAUUCGGAGGCCUCAUCACCAUGAGCAGCUACAACAACUUCCACAACAACUGCUUCAGAGACGUAGUGUUAAUUACUGUGAUCGGUGAAGCCAGCAGUAUUUUCUGUGGUCUUGUGGUCUUCUCUACACUGGGCUUCAUGGCGCAACAGGCUCAGAUACCUAUAUCAGAAGUUGUGUCAUCUGGUUCUGGGCUAGGGUUCAUCAUAUAUCCAGAAGCAAUUUCCCAACUACCGGUGUCACAGCUGUGGGCAGUGCUGUUCUUCAUCAUGCUGUUAACAAUGGGAAUAGAUUCUGAGUUUGGUCCCUUGGAAACGGUUAUAGCGGGCAUAAUAGAAGCGUGCCCAAAAUACCUUCAAAAUCGGAGAAUAUAUGUCACUGCUGGAGUGUGCCUAUUCAGCUUUGGAGUUUCCAUUCCCUAUGCAACCGAAGGUGGCGUCUACCUCUUUCAGCUAUUAGAUUGGUAUGCAUCCUCGUUCAACACACUGCUUAUCGGUUGUCUGGAGUGUGUCGCCAUUAAUUGGUUCUAUGGUUCUGACAGAUUUAGCAACGAUGUUGAAAUGAUGACCGGAAGACGUUUCCCGAUGGUACUGAAAGUCUUGUCUUCCUACCUCACCCCUGUCAUUCUGUUUGCGUCCUUGAUAUUUUCCCUGUUUCUCUAUGACCCUCCACGCUAUGGCGAGUACAUCUACCCUGAAUACGCAAAGGUGAUUGGAAUCUUAAUGGCAAUAGUGAUGUCAUUGCCAAUACCUGUCAUGUUGGUAUACCAGUUUAUCAAGAAGAAAGGAACAUUUCUUGAGCGUCUCCGCCUUGCAAGCUCUCCGGCCACUGACUGGGGUCCUUCGCGGCCUGAAGACAAAGAACGAUAUCUUGAGGAGAUGCACCAGCAACCAGAAAGUCUUAUUAUGCGACUAUUACACUCGAAAAACAAACAACCUGCAUGACGCACAAGACAACAAAAGAAAACAAAUUUACUUAUGACAAUUCAAGUCAUCUGAAAAUUUUAAUGGUUACAAUAUAAAUGUAAAUGUUAGCUUCUACUGGGACGUUUCAGCCACACCAGAGGCAUGAUUGUGUGCUUGGAAACCACCGACUUACCAAUCAUGAUCCUGUAACCAAAUGAUUGCAGAAAUAAUAUUGUCACGUUACAGGGAAACGUUACAUUAGUUAAAGGUGUUGACUGGACGAUAGCCCUGCAUGAUUGUGAAACAAAGCAUCCUAAUCCAAACAAUCAACACAGUGAUCAGUUGUUUAUUUGAGAACGCAUGACGUCGCUAUUCUUUUCAAUUAAGUUGACAUGUUGUCAACUCUAACAUCAGAAGUUUUAUAUUCAGCUUUCUAAAAUGAUUAAUGAAAAUGAGCAGUUAUACUGAUUAAAUACUACUGAUACUUGUAACCUGGAUCGAUUGAUACAAAAUGUGUUACCCGGAUAUAUUUGUAGUACAACAAGAAUUUCGUCUCCGCUGUUUAUCCAGCACCUCACGCACGGAUUCCAUGCAUUCAUAUUAAACACUUUUUUAUA